AUGAAAAAUAGAAUGACCGGACUCGAGCCAGUCCCGGAGAGUAUUGACUUUCCAAAAACAGAAGAGGAAAUUUUAAAAUAUUGGAAAGAAAUCGAUGCCUUCCAGACGAGUUUGAAGCAAUCGAAAGGCAAGCCGCCAUAUGUAUUUUAUGAUGGCCCUCCAUUUGCGACUGGAAAGCCCCACUACGGUCACCUUUUGGCGGGAACUAUCAAGGAUACAGUGACACGUUACUGGCAUCAAAAUGGAUACCAUGUGGAGCGACGAUUUGGCUGGGAUACACACGGUCUCCCAGUUGAACACGAAAUCGACAAGACUAACAAUAUUACUGGACCUGAAGACGUUGAAAAGAUGGGAAUCGACAAGUACAACGCCCUGUGCAGAUCAAUUGUGAUGCGUUACAGUGGCGAGUGGAAGGAUACUGUCGACAGAAUUGGUCGAUGGAUUGAUUUUGAAAAUGAUUACAAGACUCUGUACCCAUGGUUUAUGGAAAGUGUUUGGUGGGUGUUCAAGCAGCUUUUCACCAAGGGCCUUGUUUAUCACGGACAGAAGGUGAUGCCCUUCUCCACUGCUUGUAACACUCCCCUAUCCAAUUUCGAAGCUGGCCAGGACUACAAGGAUGUCAACGAUCCAGCUGUCUCCGUCAGCUUUCCUCUUAGAGAUCAGCCCGACGUCGCUCUUGUCGCCUGGACAACUACUCCAUGGACACUUCCAUCUAAUUUAUCACUCUGUGUCCACCCCGAGAUGGACUACGUAAAGGUUCUUCAAAAGAAAGACGAGAAAAAGCUCAUCGUCCUGGAAGCUCGUCUCUCCGAGCUCUUCAAAAACGACACUGAAUAUGAAGUUCUCGAAAAAUUCAAAGGAAAAACACUCGAAGGCAAAAGAUACGUCCCACUGUUCGACUACUUCGUCGAGGAUUUCCCGAAUGCUCACAAGGUCUGCUGUGAUACUUACGUCACCGCCGACUCUGGUACUGGUGUCGUCCACCAAGCCCCUUACUUUGGUGCUGACGAUUUCCGAGUUGGAAUCGAAAACAACAUCAUUACUAAAGACGGUGUCACCGCUUGCCCUGUCAACAACUCCGGUAAAUUCACCUCUAAGGUUGCCGAUUUCCAGGGACUGCACGUAAAAGACGCCGAUAAAGAAAUCAUCAAAACGUUGAAGGGUAAAGAUCGAGUCAUCAAACAAGGACAGAUCAAGCAUAGUUACCCCUUCUGCUGGAGAUCUGGCACCCCUCUUAUUUAUAAAGCCGUGCCUUCGUGGUUCGUCCGCGUUGAGCACGCACGUGACCAACUUCUCAAGUCCAACGAUGAAACUUACUGGGUGCCAAGUUAUGUGAAGGAGAAAAGAUUCGGAAACUGGCUCAAGAAUGCCAAUGAUUGGUGCAUUUCUCGAAAUCGUUACUGGGGAACCCCCAUCCCUCUUUGGGCUUCGGAAGAUCUUGAAGAGAUCGUUUGCGUCGGCAGCAUCAAAGAACUUGCUGAACUAUCAGGUGUUACUGUUACGGAUCUUCAUCGUGAAUCCAUCGAUCAUAUCACUAUUCCUUCUCAAACCGGCCGAGGUGUUCUCAAGCGAAUUCCAGAAGUUUUUGAUUGCUGGUUCGAGUCUGGCUCCAUGCCCUACGCUCAGAAGCACUACCCGUUCGAAAACAAAAAGCUCUUCGAAGACACCUUCCCCGCUCAUUUCAUCGCUGAAGGAAUCGAUCAAACCCGAGGAUGGUUUUACACGCUCAUCGUGCUCUCUACCCACCUUUUCGGCAAACCCCCAUUCAAAAACGUCAUUGUCAAUGGCUUGGUACUCGCUGAAGAUGGAAACAAAAUGAGUAAAUCGAAGCGAAACUUCCCCGAUCCAAACUUACUGUUUGACAAGUAUGGUGCCGACGCUAUCCGACUGUAUCUCAUCAGUUCCGUAGCUGUUGCCGGUGGCGAUUUGCGCUUUAAGGAACAGGAGGUCAAAGAAAUGAUCCGAGACGUCUUCCUCCCGUGGUACAAUGCCUACAGAUUCCUCGUCCAAAACAUUCUCCGACAUCAAAUCGAUACGAAUAGCACUUUUACCUACGACCCAGCACUUGUUGGAACUUCCGACAACAUCAUGGACAAAUGGAUUCUUUCCUACUCUCAGAGUUUGAUCAAAUCCGUCAAAGAGGAGAUGGAAACAUACCACCUCAACAGAGUCGUUCCUAAGCUCUUGAAAUUCGUCGAUCAACUCACCAACUGGUACGUCAGACUCAACCGACGACGACUCAAGGGUGAAACUGGCGCUGAAGAUUGUGUCCACGCUCUGACCACGCUCUAUACUGUCAUCGAUUGGAUGAACAGGCUCAUGGCUCCAGCAACUCCAUUCUUGACCGAGCAUCUUUACCAGAAUCUCCGACGACUUCAACCUGCCAACAACCAAGACGGUUCGAUCCACUUCCAGAUGAUGCCAGAAGUCAACGAGUCUCUCAUCCAAAUCGACAUUGAACGAGCAGUUUCCAACAUGACAACCGUUGUUCAAAUCGGUCGAGCUCUCCGAGAUCGAAAGACUCUCCCAGAAAAGUACCCGCUUCCAGAAAUCGUCGUCAUUCGACCAGAACAAAUUCAGCUUGACGAGCUCAAGAUCCUCGAAACUUACAUAAUGGAGCAGCUGAACGUCCGCAAGGUCACAUUCUCCGCUGAUCGAAGCGCCUACGGUGUUGAGCUAAAGGCUGAGCCGGAAAUCCCAAUCCUUGGAAAACGACUUGGAAAGCAAGCUAAAGCUCUGUUCGCUGAGAUCCGAAAGAUGGAUACUAAUGCGAUCGAGAAGCUCCGAGCUGACGGAAAGAUGAUUGUUGGUGGCCAUGAAAUCACCAAGGAUGAAAUCAGAAUUCAAUUUAACGCAAAAUCAGAGGGAACUGUCAAAUACGAAGCUGAUUCGGAAGGGUCUCUACUAGUCCUUCUCAAUAUCUCCCUCAGCCAAGAUAUGAUCGACGAAGGAGUCUCGCGAGAAGUCGUUAACAGAGUACAAAAGUUGAAGAAGAAGGCCAAACUUGUCGUAACUGAUGAAGUUACAGUUUUCUACCAGACGCCCAAAGGUUACUUGGAUGACGUCAUCACUUCGCACUUUGAGAAGAUCCAGUCGGCCAUUCGAGCCACUUUUGUAAAGAAUGACUGCCCUGGAUAUGCAGAUAUUGCUGCUACAUCGAAAGAAGAGAUGAAGGGCGAAUUCUUCAAAACCAAGACAGUCCUCAAUCUCCAAGUCGCUCAUGGAACCAUUGACCCCAGCGCACCAGUACCCCUUUGCGUCAAAAAUUCCGCGAGUGCCGGAGUAACGACCCUUUUGGAGAACCCCAAGGGACGGCCAGCGAAGAAGGUUGUAGUGAAAUCUGCCGGCGAUUCUAGCGCGCAGAGCGAUUUUGUCAAUUUGGAAUUUGUUGGAAACGAUAGAUAUGGAGUGGUCCAGGAUCCGAAGGCUGCUGUUGUGUUGAAUAAUCCUGGAUACGAGGUGAAAUCGGUAGAACAAGUCGAAUCCCUUGCCGCGGAUCUCUUCGGCUGGGGUGGCGAUUCUGCCGCGUUGAAGCUUUUUUUCGACAAGAACUGCACAAAACCAGUCAAGGACUUUAACGACCUCAAGAAUGCGACAGUGUUUGUUAAGAAUUUGGCGAAGCCGAUCGCCUAA